AUGGUAAGUGUGGCCGUCGUCUCAUGCAUCCUUCCUGCAGGAGAGGAGGAUGCCAAAACAGGCUACAAUUCUCUCAGCCCAGUGAUGAUCAGCAAAAGAAAAGGUGGAUUCACUGCGUCCGCGUUCAUUUUUGCCUUCACAUCACUAGAGAACAUUGGUUUCGUGGCGAACAUGGUGAGCAUGGUGAUAUACUUUGGCCAAGUGAUGCUUUUUGAUCUGUCCACCUCCGCCAACACUCUUACAAACUUGAUGGGUUCAACUUUCUUGCUCUCUCUUGUCGGCGGCUUUAUAUCGGACACAUACUUGAGCAGACUUACAACAUGUUUGCUUUUCGGAACAAUUGAAGUACUGGCUUUGGUUCUGGUGACAGUUCAAGCUUCUUCACACCAUUUGCAGCCAAAUCCUUGUGGGAAGUCAAAUUGUCUGAAAGGUGGUACAGCAUUUAUGUUCUACAUAUCAUUGUGUAUGUUAGCAUUGGGUACAGGUGGAGUUAAGGGAUCUCUUACUGCACUCGGUGGUGACCAGUUCGAUCAAAAGGAUCCCAAGGAAGCAAAGGCUCUGGCAAGCUUUUUCAAUUGGCUUAUGCUCAGUUCAACGCUUGGUGCAACCGUAGGUGUCACACUCAUUGUGUGGGUUAGCAUGAAUGUACAUUGGUACUGGGGUUUUUUCAUCUCAACUGUGGCCGCCUUUGUUGCCUUUCUUUUUCUUGCCAGUGGAAAGCCUUUCUACCGUCUCAGAGCCCCUGGAGACAGCCCAAUCAUAAGGAUUGCUCAGGUUAUUGUUGUGGCAAUCAAAAACCGGAAAUUGGCAUUGCCAGGGAGCGCUGAUGAGUUGUAUGAGAUCAAUGACAAAGAAACAUUAAUUUCCACUGACGAAAAAAUUGCACAUACCAAUCAAUUCAGGUGGCUAGACAAGGCGGCUAUUCUUUGUGAAGCCUCAAAGCGAACUGCAGCAUGGAGUGUUUGCACGGUGACACAAGUCGAAGAAGUGAAGAUCCUAGUAAGAAUGUUGCCCAUUGUAGGCAGCACCAUCAUAAUGAAUACCUGUUUGGCACAACUCCAAACAUUCUCAGUAAUCCAAGGCUCUAUCACGAACCGCCAUCUUGGCUCUAUAGAGAUUCCUGCGCCGUCAAUUCCUGUAAUCCCGCUAGUUUUCAUGUCCAUUCUCCUCUCCAUAUAUGAGUUCGUUUUUGUUCCUUUGAUACGAAAGAUCACCCACCAUCCAUCGGGUAUCACGCAGCUUCAGCGUGUUGGAGUUGGCUUGGUUCUCUCUGCCAUUUCAAUGGCUGUAGCUGGGUUUGUAGAAGUUAAGAGAAAGAAACAAGCCAUCAGAGACCCAACCAAGCCCAUAAGUCUCUUUUGGCUCUCCUUCCAAUAUGGCAUUUUUGGAAUUGCUGACAUGUUUACUCUUGUAGGACUGUUGGAAUUUUUCUACAAGGAAGCACCUGCAGGAAUGAGAUCACUUUCCACUUCGUUAACAUGGUUAUCGCUGUCUUUGGGCUACUUCUUGAGCACUGUCUUGGUUGAUGUCAUAAAUGCCGUCACCAAAAGAAACGGCGAACAAGGAUGGAUAUAUGGGCUUGACUUAAACAAGAACCAUUUGAAUCUCUUUUACUGCUUCUUAUCAAUCCUUAGCUGCCUCAAUUUCUUAAACUACCUCUUCUGGGCCUAUUGGUACAAGUACAAAUCACAACUUCCUCACUCCAACAAUCAUGAAUUAGCAUCCUCCUCUGACAAAACAGAGGAUGCUAAAGAAAAGGAAGCAUGUUGCUGA